AGGGGCGGUAGUAGCUACUGAAGCAAUACACCGAACAGGUGACAGCACACCAGUUCCCUGCACACUAGCCUAGAAAUGAACAGCAACUUAGCCGGAGAUGAAGUUGGGAAACUGUUUGUGGGUGGCUUGGACUGGAGUACAACACAGGAAACUUUGAGAAACUAUUUCUCGCAGUAUGGGGAAGUAGUUGAUUGUGUCAUCAUGAAGGACAAAACCACAAAUCAGUCGCGGGGCUUUGGUUUUGUCAAAUUCAAAGACCCCAACUGUGUCCGGACUGUACUGGAGACCAAACCCCAUAAUCUCGAUGGCAGAAAUAUUGACCCCAAGCCAUGUACUCCCAGAGGAAUGCAACCUGAAAAAGUACGAACCAAGGACGGCUGGAAGGGCAGCAAAGCUGACAGCAAUAAAUCAAAGAAGAUAUUUGUCGGUGGAAUCCCCCAUAACUGUGGUGAACCAGAACUCCGGGAAUAUUUCAAUAGAUUUGGAGUGGUCACAGAGGUGGUAAUGAUCUAUGACGCGGAGAAACAGAGGCCCCGAGGUUUUGGAUUUAUUACUUUCGAGGCCGAACAAUCAGUGGACCAGGCUGUCAACAUGCAUUUUCACGACAUCAUGGGCAAAAAAGUGGAAGUGAAAAAGGCUGAACCUCGGGACAGCAACGCUCCUGGCCAGCUUGGACCUAACCAAUGGGGACCCAGAGGCAUCCUGAGUGCAGCCAAUGGUUGGUCGGCACAGCCUGCCCAGGGCUGGCAGCAGAGUUAUGGGCCUCCGGGAGUUUGGGUGUCUACAGGCCAGCCCUUGGGUGGAUAUGGGCCCCCUUUAUCUGCGGGUCGUGGAGCUCCCGCACAGCCCCCCUCGCCAUUCAACGCGUUCCUCGUCACAGCGGCCCCGGCAGGGGGGUUUGGGGCACCUCAGGCCUACGCUCAACAGGGAUACAGUACACCACCUCAGUUUGGGUACAGUUUUGGCACGCCUCAUGGUGACCAGUAUGCACCACAAGGAGUGCCGCCCCCGCCCACGACUCCAGGAACAGGGCCGCUAGGGUUUGCUCCAGCCACCACACCUACUCAGGACAUGAGCAAAGCAUCCACGGGACAGCCGGACUUCCCUUACAGCCAGUAUGGCUUGGGUAACUACCCUCAGGAGCCCUCUUCCUACGGACCAACGCGUCCUUCUCACAGUAAUGGUCAGGAUGUGCAGGGAGAAAAUAGUGCAGGUUAUGGUCAGGACCUGAGUGGGUUUGGGCAUACUUUCGCAGACCCCAGCCAGCAGACUGCCUCUUACGGGGCACCAACAGCACAACCGGCAGUGGGACCCCAGGCUACCGCAGCCGUUUUUGCUCGAGUACAGAAUCACAACGUAACGGGCUUCCAUCCAUACCGGCGCUGAGCGUCUUCAACCGCCACAGCGCUCAGUUCUAAAGUCAGGGAAAUGUGUUCUGGUGAUAAGCAAAACUGGAUUUCUGGAUUGAUGUUUUUUGGAACACAAAUACACACAAUUUGAGAAAAAGUGAACUCAUAAAACCAGGGAUUCCAAUUACUUCUGUUACAAUGUCACUUGAUGUAAAUGUUGAUGUAAGACUUUUGCAUAACCUGUUGAAAUGAAAGAACCUUUGUUUCUCCCCCCAUGUUUUAUAGUAGGACUUAACCUAUUGCAAAGUAGUUUUGAUUUUCUGGUCAAACAAUAGCACAGAGAAUGGAAAAAUUAUAUAUAUAUAUAUAUAUAAGGAUAUGUAUAUUUAUGCUGGAUACAGAAAUGAAAACAGGGUCUCAAGUUUCCUCAGCUUUAAAUUCUAGGGAAAAUGUUUUUAUUUUUCAUUUGGUGGAUUUUGUUUACUUUCUGAGCCUUUAUUUUAAAGUUUGUUUAAAAUGGAAAAUAUGAAUAUAUAUUAUACACAAUCUGUGCAAUUUUUUAAGACAAUUUUGUACUAAAAAUGUACACUUUGCUUGUUUUUUUAUUUAAAGAUGUAGACUUCCCUCAGGUGGCUGUUUGAGUGCAUUUUGCACUUAUGCAAAAAGAAAAGGAACUUAUUUCAAAUAAAAGAUAUCCUGCCUCUUGUUGCUGUCCUGCA